GUAUUACUCACUACUUGCUAAACCUGGAACAGCAAGAUGACUGGCAAGAUGGAAUACUUAACUUUCUUCAAUGGACACAAAAUGCCCAUUCUAGGGCUUGGAACAGCACAUGCACUGGGAGAUGAUAUAGAGAAGGCGAUAGAUGCAGCACUAGAGAUUGGGUACAGACACAUAGAUACAGCCCGGAGGUAUAAUAAUGAAGCCCAAAUUGGGAGGACAUUGAAGAAAUGGCUUGAUUCUGGAAAAAUCAAGAGAGAAGAUCUUUUUAUUGUGACAAAGCUGCCAUUGACAGGAAACCGAGCAGAAUGUGUGGAGAAGCACCUCAAGCAGUCGCUGCAUGACCUGCAGCUAGACUAUGUUGACUUGUACCUCAUACACCACCCGGUUGGUUUCCAAUAUGUGGAUCCAAAGGAUAAUGGAGAAGAAAUGUUGCUCGAUAUGAAUACUGACCAUGUCAGCUUGUGGAAGGCAAUGGAGGGCCAGGUGGAUGCAGGCCGUGCACGGUCUAUCGGACUAUCCAACUUCAAUGCGAGGCAGGUGAAGCGUGUCUGGCAGUCGGCGCGCAUCAAGCCCGCCAACCUGCAGGUGGAACUGCACGUCUACUUCCAGCAGAGCCAGCUGCGCGCCUUUUGCCGGGCCCUCGACAUCACCAUCUGUGGCUACAUCCCACUGGGGGCGCCAGGCCAGUACAAACUAAAAGAACAUAGUGGGAUUUCCAAAUCAUUUCGAGACCAGAUAACUAGCCCAGUGGUUUCACAAAUCGCACAGAAGCACGAGAAGACAAAUGCCCAGGUGCUAUUGCGCUACAUCAUACAACUCGGUGUGGCAGCCAUACCCAAGAGCACCAACCCAGACCGCCUCCAGCAGAACUUUGAUGUGUUCGACUUUGAGCUGUCUGCAGAAGACAUGGAUACACUGGAGCAGCUGGAUAAGGGACCAGCUGGACGGCAAGUCCGAGCCUUCAUUCCAGAGUAA